GAUGCACCGGCGGUCGGGGUUGCAGGGCCGGCGGCGCAAGCAGGCGCAUCGACAUUGACAGACGGACGCAUGGAACAGCCAGCGGAGCAUCACACCGGCCGCCUCAGCUCGGCGUACAAGGUCUCAAGCAGCGUCGUUUACGAUGGCGUAUGGAUCGAUCAGGCUGCAGCCGAACACCAGCCUUGGCUAACAGUAACAGCAUGGACACUUUCCUCCGAUCCUCUGACGGAAGAAAAACGGGGAGCGGACGAACCGGAACUCGAUCCAAACCCGACUCGGUGGAGUUCAACCAAUCAAAGCGGGCCAAGGAAAUCGACGCGGAUCCGUCGCUCUCUCCGAGCCGGACGCGAUCCCCGGGUCCCGCCCCAAUAAAAAGCCCCUACGCCGCAUCGAGGGUUUAGCAGCGAUGGUCAAUUUCAAUUUUGAUCUGCUGGAGCUCGCGGGCGGCGAGUCCGGGGAGGCCGCGGUCGCCGUCGUCGUCGCCAAGAAGAAGUCGGCGGCCGCCGCCGCCAAGCUCGUCGACGCCGCUGACCCCGCCGAGCCGGCCGCCCACGACAAGCCCAAGUACUCCUACUUCACCAAGCUGCAGCACGACAACGGUGUAAGAAAGUGUCAGCAAGAGUUGAAAAGGUUGAGGGACGUUCUAAUAAAACUGAGGGAGGAGGAAGCAAAAUUAAAGGAGAAGCAACGGAACGAAGGCCGUAUCAAGGAUUUGUUCGAGGAGCAAAGGAGACUGAGGCAGGAACAGAGGAAACUGAGGAUCGAGGAACCCACAUUGGUGACUGAAAGGAAAACUUUCUAUAAGGCGCAUGGCAUUCCUUUGGAGGAGGAUGAGAGGAAGAGACCCAACAAUUCUGAUUUUGCCGAUGCAGAUUCUAGCAGCAAUUAUGAUGCGGUUAGUAGUAAUUUCUACAACAAUAAUGACGCUGGCAACUGUGGGGGCAACGACCAGGUGUGUGCUGGUGGUGAGCACUACUCAUAUGGACUUGACGAGAGGCAGGUUGAGAGAGGUCAUGACAACUUCAGCAAUGAGAGGCAGGGGAACAGUCAGGGCCAGCCUAGGAUGAAGAAGGUGUACAUGCCCAAGGUGAAGGCUUCCUCUAAUGCUGAAACAGAGGUUGAGGAAAAGCCUGAAAGUGCUAGCAUGACAGAAGAGAAGGUGGCCAAUACGGAUAAUGUAGUCACUGCGCCUGCUUCUGAAUCAGACAAGUCUGCUGGGGGUGCUACCCAAGAUGGUCCUAGCAACGAGCAAGGUGCUAGCACUAGAGAGAAAAAUUUUCCGAAAGGAAAAGCUUAACGGCUCUGAGAAGAGGAAAAAUAAAAAUGCUAAGAAAACCGGCGGCACUGAGCCGGAGAAGGCGAAGAAGCAAGAUUCUGAGGUAGAUGGUCCGAAGAAACAAGCUGACAAGCAACCACUGGAUGAAGAGAAAAAGACCCUUGCUGAGUAUGAGAGGAUGCGUGAGGAGAAAAAGAAGUCUCUGGAGGUCUCAAAACCUGUGAUGAGAAAGGUCACUGCUGAAGAAUUUAAGAACCUGCAGAUGUUGGAGAAAAAGAAGCUAGAUGAUGAGGAAACUGUCAUGAAGGCAGAAAAGGCUCAGCCCAAGGUUACGGAGGCUAGCAAGAAGGAAAAAACAGUUGAGGUAGAGGGAAAGGAGGCUGCUGCAAAGGAUGCCAAACCUAAGAAGGUUAUCGUCCCCCGCCAAAAUCUUGGUUUCAGACCGCCAAGACGUGUCUCCUAUGAUCAGGAAGCUGCCGUCCAAAACGGCAACGGCAACGGUGCGUCGAUGGGUGCCUACAAUGGCGGAGGCAACGGCGCUCCGAGGGGCGACUACUCUGGCCCUGGCCGCCGCGACGGGUACAACAGGGGCAACGGCGGGUGCCGACAACAGCAGCAGCAGGGCGGCAACGUUGGCAGAUUCCAACAGGAGCGCGCUGGCAAUGGUGGAUACUACCAGCAGCAGCAGAGACGUCCAGCCAAUGGCAGGUACGACCGGGAGCGCCGCGAUUCUGCGCCGGCUCAGGAUGUUGUGGGCAUGUCCAAGUUCCCUGCACUGCAUGUGGCCGUCUCGGCUAGAUCAGCUGCGCCGCUGCGGUACCUGGAGCCGCCUCGGCUCGAUCGGCUGCGCUGGCCUCUUCAUCCACGCCGGCACGAGCUGAGGCCUCUGCUCCGCCUUCGGCCUAACUCCGAGCUGAGGCCUCUGCUCCGGCUCCGGCCUAACUCUUGUGAUAAAUUUUCUUUUUAAAUUUGCUGGAUUUGAUAGGUUGUCUAGAGCAGCUUCUUUCAGCAAAUUUCGCUCCUAUUCAUUUAAUUUGUGUGAUUUGCUUUAUGUUGCUUGUGCCGGCAAAGAAAACAGUACGCGUGGCACGUGAAAGUUACUUGAAUGAUCUGUUGCAAUGUUACUUCGAUUAGCAAAAA